GCUGAGUGUUCAGUUGACUAUACCCAUGCAAACUUCAUCACGAGGACACCGGCUAACGGAAAUACUACAACGAAAAUGCUGAUAUUGCUGCCGUUGUUGGGUGUGUUUUUUAACGGUUUGACCACAGCGCAUGUAGAGGCGAAUUUAAGUUUGGAAUUUAAAGCCACAAAGCUUUUGAGGCAACACAAUCCGGGAGGAGAUUUUCCGGCAAGGUAUUUUGCGCCUCAUAAAGUAAACAAUUAUGACUACUACUACAAUUACGAUAACAAUUACCCCUACGACUAUGAUUACGACUACGACUACGAUUAUGUUUACAAUUUCGAAACGAUAACGACUACACCUACAGUUGCGAUAAUGAUGAUAACAAUUACGACUAUGACUAUCAUCACGACUAUGAUUACAGUUACGAUAACGGCAACGAUAACGAGAACAAUUACGGCUUCGAUUGCUGUUACAAUUACUUUUAUGAUUGAGGCUAAAAGAGACAAUGCCAAGAGUACAGGCACUGCGGGUGGCAAAAAUGCCAAAUUAGAUGAAGUCGAUAAUUGUAUCCUCGACAUUUUGGGUAACGAGUCGACGGUUGUGCAGGGUCUCGGCCAGCCCGAAAGUGAUGGAGUGUCCUCCAAUUUGGACUCUACAUUGGAGAACAGAGAACCCCAGAGAGCAACCUCGAGCAACAAAGACAACCCCAAGAAACGAAAAGUGCAUACAUGUGAAGAACUAAAGGUUCAAUUAUUGGAGAUUGACUUUAAGAGCUUCCGUUAUUUUCCCUCGCUGCAGAAUGGACGUCAUGCCUGUUCAUCGCUGUGUCCGAAGGAGCAACUGCCGGCGCCGGAGGAUACGCUUUCAUGCAGAUCGCCACGUCUGGUGGAGGUGCCGGGCCAUUGCUGUAAAAUGUGGCUGUGUGAGAAUCCCACAGCUGAUGUAUACGCCACCUGCCACAAUGCCUCUACAAGUCCAUGGACGCCUUGCUCACAACCCUGUGGCCUUGGCAUUUCGACGCGCUUCACCAGCACGAAUGCAGGCUGCCGGCAAUUGAGCAACUUGCGACUAUGUGAAAACCGCAAAUGUGAUCAAGACAAUAACAACAAUAAUAGUAAAAUAAACAAAAACUAUGCAAUACCACUGGAAGAGUCACAGCUGGCGCAGAAAGCCACAGCAAUUCAACAAAAGCAGGCGCACGAACAGCGACACCGGCAACAACAGCACCAAAAACAACAAUUAAUUAGCCAUAAUGCGGCGGCAGCGGCGGCGAGCAAUUUAGUUGUAAGUGAGCCUAAGGAUAUUAAGGAUUCAACAAAUUACAAUGCAUUGUUCGAGCACGAGGAGCACCGAAUACGCAAAGGACACGAAUGCCGCAAUUUGCAGCGCCUUGGGCCUGCACGCAUACGACUGGGCGCCUGCAUUUCACGAAAGCUAUAUCGACCGAAAUUAUGUGGACUUUGUCAUCAGCAUUCGGGAAAAUGUUGUGUACCCUCGGUCUCUACAACCAUACAGGUGGAGUUGUUAUGCCCUUUGAAUGCCAAUGAUCCCAUCAGCUUUGCCGAACAGCAGCAAAAGCCGGACGGACAGUCGCCACUACAGCUAUGGGAUACUGUGUCGCUGGAGCCAAUCGAUCAGGAAUUCCUGCAAUCACAUCAAAUACAAAUUGAAAACAAAUUCAUUGCCGUUGAAUGGAUAUUGAAAUGCGAAUGUAAUAAAAAGGAAAACUGCAACAACCUACACAAAUACAGCGCAACAAUACAAAGCCACAUAGGCGGCAAUAAUAGCAGCAAUAGUUACAACAGCAAACAGGAAAACAACAACAACAACCAGGAUAGUAGUUGGCAUACAAGUGGCUAUGUGGAUGACCACAACAAUAAUAAAAAUGCGGCGACAAACAUUAUCAGCACCAUAACGCACAACUACAAUAAAAAUGCGUACAACAAUGCAAACAAUGCGAACACGACUGGCAGUGGCAAUGACAAAAGAAACAUGGCAAACAGCAUUGGCAAGCAGGACAACGAGCAAAACAUUGCAGAUGACAAUGGGAGUGAUAAUCGCUACGUGCAACAGCAACAACAACAACAACAACAAGAACAACAGGAGAUAAAAGAAGCAACAGAAGCAGAGCAAGAAGAGCAGCAUUUAGUGUCCUCGUCGACGUCGAGUGAAUUGCAACCAGACAUUAUACCAUAUCCGGCAAUGCUGCCGCCGCGCCACAAUAAUCGACAACAACAACAAGCGGAGCAAAACCAAAAGAGGCCGGCAAAUGGUGACAAGAAAAACAAAAACAAUGACAGUAGUAGUAGCAACUGGCGUGGAGGCGAGAAGAGCAGCACGGUCAGCAGUGACAGAGGUGACGGCAUGCGUGCGACCAUCGAGCGUGACAACAAUAAUAACAACAAAAACAACAACAAAAAGGGCGUCGAAAGUAUGGUUGUGUCGAAUGAAAAUAUUUUUAUUGCUGAUUUUGGUUUUUAUGGCCACGACAGCGACGAGGGCGACCAUAAUGGCGACGUUGAUCACAGCACAGGCGACGACGAAAAGGCGAAAUAUUACGGAAGCAAUGAGCAGCAGCAGCAGCAGCAAAAUGCACUUGAGGAGAAGCAAGGCGACCAGGUAGAACAGCAACACAGCCAAGUGGAGGAGUGGCAAGUUGAGAAAAAUUUGCAUUAUGGCUAUCGAGAGCAGCAGCUGGCAGCGCCAGUAUUUGGACGGGCUUGGCAACAAUAUUACACACAAGAUGAGCAACAACAACAGCAACAAAAACAAAAACAGCAGCAAUAUCGCGAACAGGAACACCAGCAUCACCAACAUCACGACCAUCACACACAUCUUCAGCAUCAACAGCGAUAUCAGCACCAGCAUCAUCAAGACCACCACCACCACCAUCACCACCAGCAUCGUCAUCACCAGCAACAUCCACAUCCACAUCCGCCACCGCCUCCGCCACAGCCAGAGCAUCACUUUGAGCUCGAACAACAGCAGGAGUCAGCAAUCACGCCGCACGCACUUCCUCAACGACGCACAUAGCAACGCAGACGUGCACCACAAACGCAUCGCCAACGCUGGCCGCCACAACGCAAAGGGCGUGGAAAGAGGAAAAAAAGCAACGGAGGAGCGAAACGACGACGCAUCGACAGUGGGAAAAUGGCGCCGAGGGAAGCAACAGCAGACGCAAGUGCUGGUAAUGGGCACACAGGCGGGCACUUCAUAAAUAAAUAAAAGCGAAAAACUGAUAAACCGAAGCGACGCGACGCAAAAGCAACAAAAUUAUGCAAGCGGAAUGGCGCAAAUGGGAAAAGAAGUGGUAAAACAAAAACAACAAAAGGGCGAAAAACGAAGGAUAAGCAAGGAUGUGUAGUGCUUGAGAGUUAACAGCAAAGGGACAACUGACAACAGCGACGAAAGCAACAACAAACGCCGCAGUAAAAAUAAAGCAGCAAGCGUGCAACAGUAAAUAGAAUCGAGAGCUUGCAGACAGACAAACGACCAACAAGCGCCGACAGCCAAGCAAACAAAGCAGUCGAACAGUGAAGCAGAGCACUAACAGUAGUUGCAACUUUUGCAUAUCACAAAGCAAAUAAAUUUUUAAUUUCCAGUGGGGGCAAAAAAUGACAAGAGUGCGAAGUGAAAAAUAAAUGAAAUCGCAAAAAAUAAAAACGCAAGCGUUGAUGGUCCACAACGAAAGGAAGUAACAACUUUCAGGAAACAA